GCGAGAGGACGCCAGAGGACUACUUGACCUAUCCGGGCGGGGCGGGGAAGACGAAAAGGUGGUGGUGAGGCUGGGCCUUACCGGGGGCGAUGCCGUCUGCAUUCUCAGUCAGCAAGUUUCCCGUCAGCAUCCCCGCCGUGAUCACGACGGACUGGACGGAGCCCUGGCUCAUGGGGCUGGCUGCCUUCCACGCGCUCUGCUUGCUGCUCACCUGCGUGUCAUCCCGGAGGUGUGCGCUGCAGGUGGGGCACUUCCUGUGCCUGGUGACCUUAGUCUACUGCGCGGAGUACAUCAAUGAAGUGGCGGCAGAGAACUGGAGGUUGUUCUCGAAAUACCAGUAUUUUGACUCGAGGGGCACGUUCAUCUCCAUAGUGUUCUCGGCACCCCUGCUGCUCAACGCCCUGGUCAUCGUGGUCCUGUGGGUGCGCCAGACCCUGGCCGCGAUGACCGACCUGAGGACCCUGCAGGAGAGGAGGAGGGCAAGGAGCAGACCCAAGGAGGAGUGACGGCUCGGAUCCGGCCCCGCGCGGGCCUCUUUCAGACCCCGGCCGCUCCUGGAACGCACUUAGGCCGGCGUUUAGGACAAAGUUUACCGCACGUCCACCAGGGCUCUCGCCGGGCCUGCAGGGGGUCCCGUCUCUCCGGUUAAAUUAUAAGCAAAUGGAGCCGCGCACGUCGCCACGCGUCCACGGGACUCCUGUGAGCGUGUGGGCUACCAGACAUCCAUCCACGUGGGGACGGUGACUGAGUGAGGGACAGUGCCAUCCACGCAUGGGCACCUCCGUCACCUCCGUCACCCCGGUCACCUCUGUCACCCCCAUCAACCCCCAUCACCUCCAUCACCCCCGUCACCCCCGGCACCUCCUGUCACCUCCAUCCCCCCCGGCACCUCCUAUCACCUCCAUCACCCCCGUCACCUCCAUCACCCCCGUCACCUCCAUCACCCCCGUCACCUCCAUCACCCUGGUCUGGUCUGCACAGCGGUGGCCUCUCCAUGUGGUGCUGCCACAGGACAGAACACGAGAGGCUGCCUUGCCUCUCAUCCAGUUAGAGACGUGACCACGCUCGGAGGCCCUGGGUCGGGAUCCACAGAAGCAGUGGCUGAAUGAGCCCCUUGAGUUGUUUUUUUGGAAGGAAAGUUGCAAGUAAAAACAGUCAACAUUCACCUGUUUCAACUAACAGAUUUUUUUUUAUGGCAAAUACAAAGAUUAAUUAUAUUCCUACGUUCCACCUUCUUUUUACACUUUGGGUGUCCUGGGACAUGAUGCUGUUGGUUGAUCGGAGCAGGUGCACUAUUUCUGUGAUGUCCGCUCUGUAAACCAACGUCUGUGCAGGACGCUCGUGGUCUUGUCACACCUGGAGCUGCAGCUGGAGGAUGACAGGUGAGCAGAGCACCUGUCUAUACACACAGCGUUCAGUAAAGAGGAUGCUGUUGGCUCCUGAUUUGGGUUUAAGAAAAUAGUUGGUGAAUAGUUACCAUAAUUUUAACAAGAUGAGUGAAAUACAUUCUUCAGAUUUCAAAAAGAAAAGAAAAUUUGUUCCUAUGAAAGCUUUUAUAUUUAGAAGCUCAAAAGGUGACACUCUGACAGAUUAUGAAAUUAAAUCUUGAAAUCCAGAUAUAUAAAGUUUUUAUAGGUAGUUAUAAACUCUCAGUAGAGAAGUUAUUUCCUGAAUUUUGACAUUAGUUGUAGAAGUGAGUAGGUAGAACUUCCUAGAUAAAUCUACUGGAGAUCUUAACCUGAAAUUUUUUCCAGUCCCUCCUUGAUGUCUUAAACUUCUGUAUUGAACGUUUUAAAAAUCGGCUUAAAAUACAGCAUCUCAUGUGAAGUCAGAUUUUAAAUUUCUUGUACCUGACAGCAUGCCUCAUUGUGCAUUUCUGGAGAUUUCCAGUUCAGGGUGUCUAAUGGUCUCAUGGCUUCAGAAGAGUCCACUGCAUCCCGAGUGAUUUCCUCGGAGAGCAGGGCCCAGCUGGCCGGUUCCCUGUGAGCGCGGUGCCCCGGGAGCACGGGUGUGGUGGGAGGGGCUGAGGGCGGGAUGGGUGGUCCCCUCCAGCCGUGCAGUCAGGCCCGGGCCCAGGGGACAGAAUGCAUGGAUAGGAACAUCCUGGCCUCGGCCACACAAGCCAAGGAGGUUCUGGGGCAUGUUCACUGUCCAUAAUUAUUUGCGCUGUCUUAAUAUGGGACUGAAUCUCAGUUUUCCUGUGGUAGUAGUGUAAUAGCAUUGUUAACUCUGCAUAAAUUUGGCGUUAAUGGCAUGUCAACCUAAAGACAUGACCUGGGCCUUUUCGUUCACUGGUGUGUGCAGUUUUUUUGGAACAGUUUUGUUUUCACAAACACAAACUCUAUUUUUUAACUGUUUUUAGUAAGUUCACAUUCAGUGGCUAAUUCAGUGUUAACAAAUAUUUCUCUGUCCUCCUGCUCGGGGAAAUCCUACAAGCCAGAAUUUUCCCCAGAGGGGUUGGGGUGUAUGAGCCUUGCUGUGUGGGGCAUGACAGGAGGGGUUCACAGGGGGCCUCCUGGCCCGUUGAAGGAAAGCAUGUCCCCAUUCCUGGUUUCCUGCGGUCCCUUCUCACCCCAAAGCCUUAGCAAAAGGGGGUGGAUUUGGAGCCAGAGAAGGAUGCCCGGUGACGUUGUUUGGGCAUCUGAUGGAAGUUUGUGUAAGUAAAUGAAACAGACCACAAAACAUUUACAC